AUGAAGCUCACGAGCCAUAUGCAAACAUUGCUGGCUACCGCACUUAAGAACAUUAGUCCCCAAGCCGCAAAGGCAAAUUCGAAUGGGCCUCGUGCCAAGGUCUCUCUGGACGACGUGCCGCCCGAGCUCAUCCAUGAGAUCCUCUUGCUCGUUCCUCAGCCCUUCAUUCUCAACUUUGGCUUGACCAGCCGAAAGAACUACGAGCUAUGCCAGCGGGCGCUGCACUACCGGAUCGUGCUGACCCACGAGAACCUGUCCUCCCUCCACUUUCCCAAGAUUGCUCGAGACGACCCCGCCCUUCGCUGGGUCAAAGAGUUGAAGCUAGGAUAUCAAAGUGACUCUGGAUGGGACGUCCUGAGUGACGGAUCGAUCCUGAUGGUGUUCCCUAACCUCCGUGUGUUGGACGCGCUCGGCCACGCACCUAUGAGAGGAUGGGCUGGGCUCCUACACGUUAUCGACAGCCUGCCUUCUACCGCGACGCAUCUCAGCGGCAACAUGUACUGCACCGGUGACUCGCAUGUGUGGCCCACCGAUCGCACGUUUCCUUCGUACAAGUCUCUCCUCUUGACACUCAAGACAGAGCACUACGGUCUAGAAGACAUCGUUGGUCACUGCGCUUUACCCGCGACGCUAUCAGCGAGCUUCCCGUGCCUUGUCAGCCUAACGAUGGACCUCAGGUUCCGCCUUCGCGACACCUCCGGGUUUUGGAAUGGAUGCCACUUCCCCGCACUCCGGAGCUUCACCCUCAUCCGACUACCGAUGGCCCUCGAGGAUGGCCGUGCGCUGGCUUCUCUGCUCUCGCGUCACGCAAGCACACUUCGUGAAAUAUCUUUCACUGAGGUGUCUCUACCUCCAGAGGCCGCACCCUUGUUCGCACGCGUCCCGUGCAAGCCCGAGCGUGUGUGCGCCUGCAUCCACAUGGCUAUCAUCCUCGGACAGUCGCCGACACUGUGUUCUGCGCUGCAAACUCUCCACAUCAUCUCUUGUUUCCAUGGCAUGAGGGGUAUCGAAUCGGUUGAAGUCCUGCCUCCUUGCAUGCUGUAUGCUGUUCACACGCUCCACGUCGAUAUGGAUGCGAUCACCGAGGGUGCACUUUCACUGGACGACGUCUCUCGCCUUGUUCCAAAGAUACGCACCGUGACUGUCCAUUUCAGACUCACUGAUUCGCACAAAGCAGCACAAGCUUUGCAACAUUUCAAAGACCAGAAAACCUUCCUCUGGAACUGCGCCGUGCUAGAGAAGAUAAUCUUGCUGCCCGUCGAAGAGGAAUCCUCGACCUUUGUUCUUGUACGGUCCCCGAAGUACGGCCCCGUCAAACUACGGAAAAUUUAA